UCAUUUUGACAUUACUUUCACAAUCAACAAGUUAAAGUUUGUUUAUUUCUAUUCAAAAAUUUAAUUUAAAAACAAAUGCAUUUUUAUGAAUUUAACUAAUGACAUACUAAUUAUUUAAAAAAAAAAACCAUCAUGAGUGACAAGCCAUCUACAUCUAAAACAAAUAAAGAUGAAUCAGAAGAGCUACUGCCUCCACAAUUGGAUAUAACAAGCGAUGAAUUCGAUCCACUCCAAGCGCUCUAUGCAAAUGCUGAAGUCAAAUUGACCAAAAGAAAACCAAAGGUUAUUUACCAGAAUCUUGCUGCUUUUGAAAUAGAAUAUAACAAAAAAGGACUAUAUGGAAUGUCUAUAAAGUCUAAAGAUGAUAUCGAUGAAUCAACAACAAAAAAAGAUCUCCCAGUUGAAGCUAAGCCAUCUACAAGUGGAAGACGCUUUUUGCCUCAUCAAAUGGCAAUUAAAAGUUCUGGACCAAGAAUGAAGAACACACGAAGUCUUUUAAGAAUAAUAGAAACCAUGGAAGGUCCGAUGGCUGUUUUACGAGAUUGUAUGCACGAAAAACGCCAAAUAAAAAUUCAUACAAGAUCUGAGCAUGGAAUUCGAGGGUCAAUUACUGGUUUUGUGAUAAGUUUCGAUAAACAUUGGAAUAUUUUGCUAAGAGAUGUUCAUGAAACAUGGAAAAGGCGAAAGUACAAGUAUGACGAGAAUAAGUUUUGUGGAACACCUUCAGAUUGCAGUGAAAGACUGAGAAACUUGGGAAUAACACUACCUCAAACCAAAGCUAAAAGUUUAAAUCGAAAGAAUGUCCAAUUGAGUAGGAGUAUACCGCAGCUUCUAAUUCGUGGAGAGCAAAUUGUUCUAAUUGUAACCGAAAAAGCGAAUGAAAAAGUGGAAGGGGUGAAAAGUUAAAUUAUUUAUAGAUAAUGUAUUUUGAUAUACAAUAAAAUUGUUUGAUUAAUAUUUUAUUGUUAGAA